GUCUAUGCUUCUUUGGAGGGAGGAAGGGGUGAGGAGUGGAACGGUUUUUGAGAAUUCUCUGGUGAUCGCACACACCGGGUUUGCUAAAGGAGACACCGGCGGACGCACGAGGCAGCUGGAGUGGAUUACCGAAAGACGAGCGUGCCAUUACGCAUCACGCAGCUCCGGCGCGAAGCGAGUUUGUUCAAGUGUUCUUGCCCCUGUGAAGUAAGAGGAAGAAGAGGAGGAAGGUGGCGGUCCGAACUCCAUCUGCGGUCACACGCCGACCGAACACCGAGGAAGUUGUCGGGCUGCGCGCGGAGCAGCAACCUGGAUGUUCACUGGGUCACAACAAGGAGGGAAGUGUUUUACUUCGACCUUCAUGGACCGACUGCUCAAGAUGACCCGUGGAUACUCACGCCGUCUCAGCGGAAUAUGUAGUCCGUGAUGGACAGUGCUUCCACUUCUGUGCUGGUCUGAUCAGGGGACUCGGCUCGAUUCGGGGUCCAGUCUGCGUUCCUCCACCAUGUCGGUGGAGAGUGAGUGAGAGACAUCGAAGCAGACAGACAGAGAGAGAGAGCUAGAGUGAGAGAGAGAGAGAGAGAGAGGAGACCGGGCAGCGCGUGAGACCGACCCCCCACCCCUCGUACCACCACCCCCUGAACCAUCCUUCCACCAUGACCUGUGGGAUUACAGCUGGACGCGACAUGAUCCUGAUUAACAUCAUCUCUCUGGUGUUUGUGUUGGAUGUGUGCGUUUGUGAGUCGAAGCUGGGCCCCCCCGGCUGGAGGGAACCUCUGGACUGUGUCCGAGCCUCUGAACUGUGCAACCAGAACAGCCAGUGCAGCUCGCGCUACCGGAUCAUGCGCCAGUGCCUGUCCGGCGGGGACAAGGAGCGCAGCACCAUGCUGGCCUCUAAGGAGUGCCAGGGGGCUCUGGAAGUGCUGCAGGACUCGCCACUGUAUGACUGCCGCUGCAAGAGGGGCAUGAAGAAGGAGCUGCAGUGCCUGCAGAACUACUGGAGUAUCCACAUGGGCCUGACUGAAGGAGAAGAGUUUUACGAGACGUCUCCGUACGAGCCAAUCCAUUUCUCUGAGGAAUUCAGACAUGCCUCCAUCAUCUCAGACUCUUCUUUGUCGAAGAUGAGCCCCUGCUCCGAGGUGGGAAAACCCUGCAACCCUUGCCUGGAUGCAGCAAAGGCAUGCAACCUCAACGAGACAUGUAAACGGCUGAAAUCUGCCUACAACUCCAUCUGCAGCAAGGCCACGCCCCCACAGUCCUCUGCAGCCAAUCAGGAACCCUGCAGCAGGAAGAGGUGUCAAAAGGCCCUGCGUCAGUUCUUCGAGCGGGUCUCAUGGGAGCUCAGCUACCCCCUGCUUUUCUGCUCAUGCCCAGACCAGGCGUGUGCUGAGCGUCGCCGCCGCACCAUCGUCCCGUCCUGCUCGCACCAGGAGAGGCACAAGCCCACCUGCCUGGACCUGCGACGCACCUGCCGCUCUGAUGCUCUGUGCAGGUCUCGGCUCGCUGAUUUCCACAUGAACUGCCAGAUGACGUCUAACACCGUCACCAGCUGUCCUCAUGACAACUACCAUGGCUGCCUCAUGUCCUACGUCGGCCUCAUUGGCUCAGACGUAACACCGAACUACAGCGACAACAGCCCCUCCAACAUCACCAUCAGCCUGUGGUGCACCUGCAGAGGCACCGGCCAUCAGGAGCACCAGUGUGAUGCCUUUCACCGUGACUUCACCCACAACACCUGCCUGAAAAACGCAAUCCUGUCCUUUGGUUACGGCUCAGAAGGAGGAACUGCUUCUGUAACCGAGCUGCUGGCCACCUUCCCACCUCCCGCCCAGCCGCCCGUCAUCUCCAAACCUGCUCCCUCGCUGCAUGGGAACGCCAUCAAGCCUAUGGACAGCGCUUGUAUGUUCUCCACCUGUGCCAACCUGCAGGAUGGAGGUCAGAAGUGCAUUCCCCCGGAUGACUUUGAGUGUGAGACUCUGCUGGCCCAGGGGUCAAUAAACUCUCAGGACUCUCUGGGACCCAAAAGCAGCAGCUGGCGACCGGCUCCGCUCCAGCACCACAUCUCUGCCACCAUGUGUGUGUCCAUUUUGUCAGCGCUUCUACACUACAUCCCAUUAAUGUGAACUCAUUCGCAUAUCUACAUGCACACACACAGAAACACACAGACACAGUCAUAAAUUUCAACUAACAGCAUCGAUGACGGACUUUUCGGAGGAUGGGUUCUGGAGGACGCUCUGAUUAGUCGUCGCAGACACACACAGGCCAUGAGGCAGGAGAGUGGAGGAAGCUGGACUGUGGUGUGUUUUGUGUGUGUGUGGCUGAGGGAGGAUAUGAAAGGCAGACUCGGAGAGACUCUUGGGACUUUGGAUCACAGUGACUUCAUUCCCAAUGCUCCGUGUCUGCGGGGUUUGUAAGCUUUCUGUGCAGGCCGGCUCAGACUCAUUCCCUCCAGCUCCUCUGAACCUGAGACAGCUGGACUGAGAAACACAAGGCUCAAGCACGUAACCGAACACACACAUGCACAUAUAAAACACAACAGCAAGACUAAGUUGGCCGCGUCCGAGAGGGGAAAAGAAACGUCAGGGCUGGACAGAUCCCUCUAUGAUGUUUGUCAGCUCAAUUUAUCACUCCCUUGGACCUCUCUUGUGGCAAGAAAUCUAUAUGACAUACAUCUAACACACACCUACACACACAAACGCAUUGUGUCACCUUCCCCUUAGACCUCGUUAGCGGGCAAACAGGGUCCCCACAUGGACACAAACAUUCAUGCUGUACACCAGUGUGCUUUUGGCGGGUCUUUCUCUUCAUUUUGUCGUCAACAUUCAGUAAAAACUUCAUUUAAUGUGGAAUAUGAAAAAGUCCAGUGGAAGAGUGUAUAUUUCACAUAGGUGUAUAGAUGUGUGUGUGUGUGCUUGGGCGUCUGUGGUUGAGUGUGGAUGUUUCUGUGCAUGGAGGCAAACAAAGGCAGGACACAAAAAUGUUAAAUAACACAAGACGAUAGCUGUGAAAUGUGAGUUUAUCUUCAGAGCAGAAAUAUUAAAGCAGAGCUGCAACUAUUAGUUGGUCUUUUAGGUUGGCCUGAACGUUAACUAGAUUUUUUUUAUUUUUAAACUUCUUUGUUUUGCUUUAUCAUCAGAUGAAAUAAUCUGAAAUCAACUGUGACCUCAGUGGAUAAUAACUUUUUACACAUUAUCAACCGUUAUAUAAAAUUAUAUAUAAAAAACAUAACAGAAACCUGUUUUCUGGUUAUGUAGGGAUGGGAUGUACAAACUAGCUUAAACAUCAUCUGCUGUGCCUCAAGCCGAUGACUGUAACAGUGCUCAGACCACCUUGACACCUUCAAGCUCCAUUAUUGCUGUGACAAAUACAUCAUUAACAGUGACCUCGACAUCCUCUCCGACACCACAAAUUACCCCUGACAUCCCCAGACAGCAUGGUGUGUUUAGAUUGAAUGUUACACCCUGCUGCACCAUUUCUGCAGAAUUUUACAAGGAAAUAUUCGUCCCUCAUAAAGAGCGAAUUUUUCAUCUUCGUGUUCAACAUCAACAAUAAGAAAAGUGAUGUUUAAAUGAUCCUUAAAUGUUUCUGAAUGGAUUUAAACAAAGACCCGUAACUUCAAAUAUGUUGUUAAGUCAACAAAUUGAGGUGCUUUGAAGGUGUUUUAGGCCCUGUUAAUGGGACAGGCACCAGCCUCAUCACACACACACAUUUAU